AUGGCCCUGCCCUUCUCGGCAUGUGGCUUAGUCAUCGGCAAAGGCGGCACGAUUCAGAAGGAGAUCCAAGAGCAGACAGGCAUUACAGUGAAAAUCACGCCAAAGGGGAACAACGUGGUGCCCAAUGAGCGCGUGGCUUCCUUGACCGGCGUCACCCAAGCGGUGACCGCUGCGGCGGCACAGGUCUUCCGCCUGGUGGUGGCAGAUCCCCACAUGGGACCCAUGCUGGAGCGACGGGGAGACACCCACCGAAGGCAGCAUCAAUUACGGCGCUGUGAGGGGCUCAAGGGGCUCACUGGAGAAGCUGAAUGUGCAUAUUCCCAAAGUUCUUUUCUGCAGUUCCUGGCGUGA